GGUUGGCCUCGUGCACUCAGUCAGUUCUAUAUAUACGAGACACAAGCGAGUUCAAUUUCCACUCGACAAGCUUAGCUCAGGCACCAUUCAACGCUUGUGAUCUUGUUACACUUACCAACUACCUCCAUCUCCAUCCACGACGAGAUUUUUGAUAACACAUAUCCAUGGCUCCAGCAGCAGCUUCUUCAGAGUCAGUAAAGUCAAGAGAUGUUUGCAUUGUUGGUGUCGCGCGUACACCAAUGGGUGGCUUUCUUGGUACUUUAUCCUCUUUACCUGCAACAAAACUUGGAUCAAUAGCUAUUGAAGCUGCACUUAAAAGGGCUGGUGUUGAUCCUUCACUUGUACAAGAAGUUAUCUUCGGCAAUGUUCUUAGUGCAAAUUUAGGUCAGGCUCCAGCUAGACAAGCUGCAUUAGGUGCAGGAAUAUCUGAUACAGUAAUCUGUACCACUGUUAACAAAGUCUGUGCAUCAGGAAUGAAAGCUACAAUGCUUGCAGCACAAAGCAUUCAGUUGGGAAUUAAUGAUGUUGUUGUGGCUGGUGGCAUGGAAAGCAUGUCUAAUGUGCCUAAAUAUAUUGCUGAAGCAAGAAAGGGAUCUCGACUUGGACAUGAUUCUCUUGUUGAUGGAAUGUUGAAAGAUGGUUUGUGGGAUGUUUAUAAUGAUGUUGGUAUGGGAGUAUGUGCUGAAACAUGUGCAGAAAACCAUAAAGUAACAAGGGAGGAGCAGGACGAUUAUGCUAUUCAGAGCUUUGAGCGUGGUAUUGCUGCCCAAGACAGUGGGGCCUUUGUGUGGGAAAUUGUACCGGUUGAAGUUUCUGGUGGAAGGGGAAAACCAGCAAUAAUUGUUGACAAGGAUGAAGGUCUAGGGAAGUUUGAUGCUGGGAAACUAAGAAAGCUCCGUCCAAGUUUCAAGGCGAAUGGUGGCUCGGUGACUGCUGGAAAUGCUUCCAGCAUAAGUGAUGGUGCUGCUGCAUUAGUCUUGGUGAGUGGAGAAACAGCAAUAAAGCUUGGGUUGCAAGUUAUUGCAAAGAUCUCUGGAUAUGCUGAUGCUGCUCAGGCACCAGAACUAUUUACUACAGCUCCAGCCCUUGCAAUCCCCAAAGCUAUUUCAAAUGCUGGCUUGAAUGCUAAUCAAAUUGAUUUCUAUGAAAUUAAUGAAGCUUUUGCUGUUGUGGCUCUUGCAAAUCAGAAACUGCUUGGACUCAACACAGAAAAAGUUAAUGUGAACGGCGGGGCUGUAGCGUUGGGACAUCCUCUAGGUUGCAGCGGAGCUCGUAUCUUGGUCACACUUUUGGGGGUAAAGAAUCCUCUCCGUUUUACUAUUUUUCCCAGUUACACAACUCUCUCUAACACACACCAUCCCAUUUCAAAUCUAGUUAAGUUGAAUCAUUUCUUCUAAUAUUCAUUUUCGGAUUCUAAAAGUUCAGUUGUAUACAUUUACAGGUAUUGAAGCAGAAAAAUGGUAAAUAUGGUGUUGGUGGCGUUUGCAACGGCGGAGGUGGUGCUUCUGCACUUGUGGUAGAGCUACUUUAAUUGAGCUCAUACCAUGUUGGCAAGUAAAAGUCAGACCCCUUUAGUAAUUCAGGUUCCCAACGAACGCUAGAGACCCUUCCCAGAGUUAAAUUUUGUGUAACCACAGCCCAUUAGUUCUUGUGCAACAUCAGUUCCAUUUCUCUGUCUCUGUCUCUCUUUUUAUUAAAUUAUUUUGGGCUGUGAGGCACUUUCAAUAAACAUUUCACUGUAUCUAUUUCAGAAGAAAUAUAUUUGCAACAUUGCUCGGCACA